AUAUUAGUCGUAUUCAUUAUAUCAAUAAAACAAACAGUUUCCUUGAUAAAAUAAUAUUUAUGAUAUUAAGAUUUAGGGGUUUUUCAAUUUGAUUUUUCUGUUUUCUCCGAUUAACUUUGAAGCAAAUAUUAUAGUUUUCACAGCAUUCCAGUUCAUUCUGAUCGUUGGAGGGUCGAAGUGAGUUAGUUCAAGUGAAUUUUAGUACAAGUAUUUUGUGGUUAUGAUGGGCUCUCCUUCAUUUUCUAUCGAUGUUUUGCUCCAGUAGAGAAAAUUGAAAAUGUUAGUUUUACAUUUUAAAAACCUUGAAGGUACGGUGAUAUAAAUUUGAUAAGCCCAGUAUUAAAUUAAUCGAUGUCGUUUUCCAUUGUAUCGCUUGUAUCUAUGUUACAUGCACUGUUUGCAAUUCAUCACUAUUCUCUCAAGAAUUAGUUUGUUAUGAAUUUCAUGAUCUGAAGAUUCAAAUUUAAAUGCUAUUUGGAUGACGUUCAUAUUCCAUUUGUAUUUUCAAAAUAAUUGUUACAUUGUAGAGUCAAGCAAUUUAAUCCAUUUGGAAGUAAAAGGAAAUCACAGUGCAGAUUGAACAGUGGAUAGUCACUUUGAAAUUCAGUUGCACAAUUAAUUUCGGCUUGAUUAUGAUGAUCUAUUAUGAUGAUCAUUGGAGUUUCUGCUUGUGAUUGGGUAUGAAUAAAAGACGUGUAUACUAAUAGUGAAGGAAGUUACAGCAAGUUAUUAUCGUAUAAUCUGUUAUCGCUAUUCUCUGAUAUUAGGAGUCUGGCUGCAAUUUAUUACGUACCAUGUCUAAUGAUUUUUCAUCACUCAUUCCCACCCUCUAUACUCUACGCAUGAAUAAUAAUUAACAGGAGUUCCCGUCGUUCAACAGUUUCUGUGAAAAUUUAUAUAUAGUAGAACAAGAAAGUAAUAAAAUAGUUAAUUUACGAGAUAGAAGAAAAAUUCAAGUUGCUAUAGAUUUGGGGGACCAAGUACAAUUGCAUAGCAUUUUAAAAAAAUCAAAAAUUCCUAAUUUUAGGCUUUUUAGUUAAUUUACGAGAUAGAAGAAAAAUUCAAGUUGCUAUAGAUUUGGGGGACCAAGUACAAUUGCAUAGCAUUUUAAAAAAAUCAAAAAUUCCUAAUUUUUGGCGGGCCAGUUGGCCGCGGAGCCCAUGAUGCCACCCCCCCCAGAGCAGGUUGUUGAGCAGCAGCAGUUACCAGAGUUGCCAGUUAUCAACAACAAUGCGCCCGCAGCCGCUGACCCUCACAAUCAACCCAGGAGAGGAAGGGGAGGUGGAAGAAGAGGAGGGGGUGGUGGAAGGAGAGGAGGAGCAGUUACAGGCAGAGAAAUGAGAGGACCAGAAGGUCAAGCCGUUGUCGAAAGAGGUGGAGUAGGGAAUGACCUAGAGUUCUUGCAAGAACCAUGGCCCAUUGAUCAAGCCGAACAUCUGAGCCAGCGGCAAGUUGAACACUUGGCUGCAAUUCCCAUCGACGGAGGUGAUGCCGUUGCAGGCGAAGGCGACCUAGCCUGCAUCACCUGCGGAGUCCACAAGCGCUCCUACAUUACGGAGCCUUGUGGACAUUUUGUCAUGUGCGGGAGAUGUGUGACUGUACAUCGGCACUCGAUGAACGAGAAUGACGUGCCAUCACCAAUAGUGUGCCCCGUGUGCAGAAGCACUUUGUCGGGGUACCGACGUGUGUAUCAAUAAAGUUAUUUUACCGAGAA